CACACUUCUAUAAACAAAAUGAAUUUGGAAUUGUUGGAGUCAUUUGGACAAAACUAUCCGGAGGAGUUUGAUGGUUCCCUAGACUGCAUUUCCCUGGCAGUCACAUGCGCCUUCAACAAAUACGGAACGCUCCUGGCCGUGGGAUGCAACGAUGGCCGAAUAGUUAUAUGGGACUUUCUGACGCGGGGCAUCGCCAAAAUCAUUUCCGCCCACGUGCAUCCCGUGUGCAGUCUGAGCUGGACCAGGAAUGGGCACAAGUUGCUAUCGGCCUCCACAGAUAAUAAUGUGUGCAUCUGGGACGUUCUGACGGGCGAACUGGAGCACAAGUACCGUUUUCCCUCCCCCGUCCUGAAGGUGCAGUUCGAUCCCCGGAACGACAAUCGACUGCUGGUGUGUCCCAUGCGAUAUGCCGCCGUUCUCGUCGAAAUCGGAGGAUCACACCGCCGCCUGCCCCUGGACUCUGAUGGUGAUCUGAAUAUUGUGGCAUCGUUCGAUCGUCGUGGAAAGCACAUAUACACGGGAAAUGCCAAGGGAAAAAUACUCGUCUUGGACGUGGAGACGUUUGAAGUGGUGGCCAGCUUUCGCAUUAUUGUGGGCACCUCGAGUGCGACAGCCGUCAAGAGCAUUGAAUUUGCCCGUCGGGGCGACGCAUUCCUCAUCAACACGUCGGAUCGAGUGAUACGCGUGUACGACUCUAAGGAAAUCAUUGCACUGGGCAGGGACGGCGAACCAGAGCCAAUACAAAAGCUGCAGGAUCUGGUCAACAAAACUACCUGGAAGAAGUGCUGCUUCUCUGGCGACGGGGAAUAUAUUUGCGCGGGCAGUGCACGCCAGCAUGCGCUGUACAUAUGGGAGAAGUCGAUUGGCAAUCUCGUGAAGAUUCUCCAUGGAACAAAGGGUGAACUGCUGCUCGACGUGGUGUGGCAUCCGGUGCGACCCAUCAUAGCCAGCAUCAGCUCGGGACUCGUUUCGAUCUGGGCACAAAACCAGGUUGAAAACUGGUCGGCGUUUGCCCCCGACUUUAAAGAAUUGGAUGAGAAUGUGGAGUACGAGGAGAGAGAAUCCGAGUUCGACAUUGCCGAUGAGGACAAGUCGGUGGACCUUAAUGCAGACGCCCAGCAGGAUGAAGAGAUUGAAGUAGAUGUGCAAAAAGUGGAACCAGUGGCAGCAUUCUGUUCCUCCGAUGAGGAGGGAGAGGACGAAAAUGCCCUGCAAUUUUUGCCCAUGGCACCAGAGGUGGAGGAUCCCGAGGAUGGCUGGGCAGCACAGGACGGUCUCGAGGCAAGUACCGUGUUACUCAGCAACGACCCACAUGACUACGAUGACGACAUAAUGGCCUCCAAGCGUCGCCGCGUGCAACACUAUGAUGUCAGCCUGCCCGAUGCCCCCACCGACGAAACUCAUCCUCUCAUCUCGAGCAAAGCCAGCAAAGACAAACAGCAACCCGUGGGGGGGAAAAAAGCCACCGGCCGCACCAAAAAAUAGUCUGCCCGAAGGCUGCGAUUGCCUUAACGUAGUAUUUCUGUUUCUGUUUCUGUACGAUGUCAAUAAAGUCCCGCUUAAGUCUAAA